GUCUAUAUAACGGGCCGAGAAGUUCCGCGAAUCCACUUGGCGGUGGGUCGCAGCGAGCUGUGGUCGUUGUGGGAAUUAAAUAAAAGAAACCUCUGUUGUAAUUCCCGGACGAGCGAAGGGGAAAAUGACCGACGUGGAGCAGCAGCAGGUGAAGGGAUCCCAGAACGGUCACUAUGAAGAGGGAGAGGGUCCGGACGCCGGCGAGGAAAUGAUGGCGGAUGGAGCCGAGGCUCCUACGAGCGCCGAGAUCGAGGGCUCGAAAAUCAAUGCCAGCAAGAACGAAGAAGACGCCGGGAAAAUGUUCGUGGGAGGUUUGAGUUGGGAUACCAGUAAAAAAGACCUGAAAGAUUAUUUUUCUAAAUUUGGUGAAGUUGUGGACUGUACAAUUAAGAUGGACCCCGCAACGGGAAGGUCGAGAGGGUUUGGAUUUAUCCUCUUCAAAGAUUCUUCUAGCGCCGAUAAGGUAUUGGAACAAAAAGAACACAAAUUAGAUGGGAGAGUAGUUGAUCCUAAAAGAGCAAUGGCCAUGAAGAAAGAGCCUGUAAAGAAAAUCUUCGUUGGAGGCCUUCAUCCAGAUACUCCAGAGGAUAAGAUCAGAGAGUACUUUGGAAGCUUUGGUGAGGUGGAAUCAAUUGAACUUCCAAUGGACAGUAAGACCAAUAAGAGAAGAGGAUUCUGUUUCAUCUCAUUUAAAGAAGAGGAGCCAGUAAAAAAGAUUUUGGAGAAGAAGUACCAUGAUAUUGGAAAUAGCAAGUGUGAAAUCAAGGUGGCUCAGCCGAAAGAAGUUUAUCAACAGCAACAGCAAUGGGGAGGCAGAGGCAGCUUUACAGGAAGGGGCAGAGGUAGUGGUCGUGGAGCUGGUCAAAGUCAGAACUGGAGUCAAGGAUACAGCAGUAAUUACUGGAAUCCAAGCUAUGGAAGCAGUUAUGGUUACAGCGGGCAAAGUGGCUACAGUACAUAUGGAGGCUAUGAUUAUACUGGCUAUAAUUACAAUAGUGGUUACUACGGUGGAUAUGGACAAGGAUAUGACUACAAUCAGAGUAAUGGUAACUAUGGGAAAGCACCAAGACGUGGGGCAGCUCAUCAAGGUGGCUACAAACCGUAUUAGAAUGGAAUCUGAAUGCAGAAUACUGUGUAUUCAUGCAGUGCAUAGAACAUGAUAGGAUAGGAACCUACUACCACCAAAGUAUAAAAUAGUAAGCGUGCAUAUGGCUCCAUCCGACUUACGUAAAAUUCGCCUUGCGGAACGGCUUCCGGAACCGAACUCUUACGUAAGUCGGGAACUUUCUAUACUAGGUAUAGUGUAGCCAGAAACUUAAGGGUGUAUUGCAGAAUAUAUUGUUGACUAUAGAUUUUAGAAUGUUUUUAAAAUAAUUUGGAUGGUAUGAAUUAAACAUUGUAUUUGUGUGCAUGUUUGGGCCAUUCAAAGGUCUAGCUAGUUAAUAUUGCUCAGCAACACAUGCUUUUGACAGCAUUUGAUUUAUUUUCAUGACUAUAACCUUGUCCCAAUUUAUAGCAGUGUAGACCACGUGCUUUAAUUGGUAGAUUGUACUGAUGAGUAGAGUGUGAAGUCAACAGGAACCUUUUUUUGUAGCAAUAAAACAUUUUUUGUAGCAAUUUUUAAAGCUUGGGUUCACAACUGUUUAACUUCUGUGUUCUGCACAAUUAGGUUUAAAAACCUUUUAUAACUGUUUGGAUGAACAAGUACAACAUUCUCCAGAUUUUUAAAAAAAUAGAGGAUGUCACAUGAAGAUCAAGUUAAUAACUUCAUGUAAAAUUAAUUGGAUUUGUUGUCCCUGAGCAAUGAAAUAGACUUUCAAAGAACAGUCAUUGCUGUGAAAUUUCAACUAUUUCACCCAUAGCAAGAUAAAGGACUGUUGAACCAGAUCAGACAGCAAGUAAGUAGUUGAGAAUUGCAAAUAAUAUUGGUGACGAAGUAUUUGGACUGAGCUUGUUUGCCUGUGUUGACUUGUAGAAUCUCCACCUUGUCUGGGGUAAUGUGUUGUGAUUUUUUAAAAAAAAUCAUUGCACUUGAUUACUAUCUUGUCCAAAAAUCAUGUUUAUUCCCAGAUUAGGUAUAGAGAUUUCAAUUGUUACCAAUGAGAAAAUUGUUUUGUCAGUAGAGUCCGGAGGAAGUGAGGGCAAGGAAAAAUGUUUUGAAAAUGACGAGCAGAGCAUACUGAAAUAUAUUUUGUUUUCAAACAUUGUUGCUUUAGUGAAAGUUACUUGUAGAAAGAGGAUGCUUGUGUUGAGGUGAUCUAUUUGGUUGUCAGGUGUUCUGACUGGAUCUAUACUUCAUGGAAGAUCUUUAUAAUUCAGGCACGUGGUAUAGUUCCUGCACCCAGAUAUCAUAAAUGUAAAACAUCUUAACCAAUGUUUUUAAAUGCUUACACCUUUGUUGUGAAGCUAGCUUGGGAACUUAUUACAACUGCAAUAAGUCUGUUUAAAAGCUUUAAAUAGUUCAUAAUUGGCUCUUUAUUAAAUAGUAGGAGAGAGAUGAUUCAUUUGAGGUAUAUGGUAAGUUUAUUUGUGAUGGGGGUGGGGGGUAGCAUAUGGAACCAUAAACCUGAGUCUUAUUCCAACUAGAUUUAUUAAUUUAAGGACACUUAUAGUUUUCCUUUG